UGAAAAUAAACAUUUAUAUUCUGCCCAUCACACCUCGCAUCCUCUCUUCUCUUCACCACUUCUCCCUAGACCCUCUCUCCUCUCUACUCUCUACUCUCUCUACUCAAUCAACAUGCACAGAACAUACUCCAUGCGCAACAACCGCGCCCCGACCGCCCAGCAGGUCGCCACUCCCCCCCUCCCCCCUCCUCCACCAAGACCGGCCGCUUCUUCGGCAAGGGCUCCAUCUGUACCCCACUCCUUCCGCCGCACCGCCGCUGGCUCCUUCGGCCCCGAGAUGUCCCGCAAGCUCGCCCAGCUCGUCAAGAUGGAGAAGAACGUCAUGCGCUCCAUCGAGAUGGUCUCCUCCGAGCGCCGCGAGGUCGCCAAGCAGCUCUCCCUCUGGGGCGAGGACUGCGACGACGACGUCUCCGACGUCACCGACAAGCUCGGCGUCCUCAUCUACGAGAUCGGCGAGCUCGAGGACCAGUUCAUCGACCGCUACGACCAGUACCGUGUCACCAUGAAGUCUAUCCGCAACAUCGAGGCCUCCGUCCAGCCCUCGCGCGAGCGCAAGCAGAAGAUCACCGACAGCAUCGCCCAGCUCAAGUACAAGGACCCCAACUCCCCCAAGAUCGUCGUCCUCGAGCAGGAGCUCGUCCGCGCCGAGGCCGAGUCCCUCGUCGCCGAGGCCCAGCUCUCAAACAUCACCCGCGAGAAGCUCAAGGCUGCCUUUGCCUACCAGUUCGAUGCCCUUCGUGAGCACGCCGAGAAGCUGGCCAUGAUUGCCAACUACGGUCUCUCGCUCCUCGAUCUCAUCGACGACCACCCGGUCACCCCUGGCGAGACCCGCCCCGCGUACGACGGCUACGAGAGCUCCAAGCAGAUCAUCAUCGACUGCGAGAACGCUCUUGCCAACUGGACCUUCGACACCGCCGCCGUCAAGCCUACUCUGUCUAUCACCAACACCAGUAUCCUCGAGGAAGGUGCUGCUGAGGCUGCCGAGGAGGAGUGGGCUGACAAGGAGGAGGCUCCUGUUGAGGAGGAGCCCAAGACUGUGGUUGCUUAAGCAAUUCCACUCCCUUCUCUGCUCUGAUCUUCUUUUUUCUUUUUUAUUUACCUUCCUCCAUCUUCCCUUUCUCAUUGUCGUAUUUUACUGUACGGCUGCGAACCAUUUGUGGAGAAAAACAAAAGCGAGCGAACGAGAUCUCUCGAUUCUUUCUUUUCUUAUGAUGCAUUUCAAUGCACCACUUUACGGAUCAAUGCUUAUCAUGUCCAAGCGUGAUCUUCCCCUAUUUGCAUGAGCUCUCCUUUUGUUCAAAGUGCGAGUUCGGCAAAGUGUACCAACUAUCGUGUAUUUUUGUUUCUCUCUGUGUUAGUUAUCUUAAUUGCGUGUUAUUGGGAUUUAUGUUUGUUGGACCGUGUCGCUAUAUUUUUGUUAUUGAUCUCAAUAAGACCAACAUCAUUCUAUAUUCAU